AUGUCGCCUCUCUCAACAAUAUGUCUCUUUCUUUUGCUCACACUAAAUGUCACCGCCGCCGCAAUCCCAGUGCCAGGCGCACUUCCCAACCGCGGAAAUGACGCGCUCGCUCACACACCAUCAACAUCGUCACCCGAUGACCACAACACCGCGUCAUGGAUCACACCCGUCUCCUCCCUGCACCGGGAUAUGCAUCCGAGCCGCGCACCACGCCCGUCCCAGUCAUGGAAAGACUACCUGGAAAGCAUCCUCAACGACUCCGAGAAACUAACCGCCUUCCGAGAAGCGGGCCUCGUCCCCGGGUCGCGAUCAAUGUCCGGCAUGGAUCGCCCGGCGGCGAUCAGCACGCGGAUGCGGCAACUGGCACCCAACCUACCCUUUUUCGGGGGUGAAGAAGAGCAUGGUGACGGUUCUGACGACGAAUUCCUCGCUUCGCCCAUCAUGCCUCUCCCGCCGAGCUUUUUUGUUCUGUCUGCUGCUGUUCUCUGCGUCUUGACUAUUAUUCGCAGUCUGACGGCACGACGCAGGGAAGAGCCUGCUUUUUGA